UCUGCGCCGCGUAAUAAUAAAAUAAAAUUUAUUUUUGUGUUUAGAUAGUGUUCAAUAGCAUAUAUUUGUAUUAUUUUGUUUUCGAAUAAAGUCUGUGAUCGUAUAAUGGGUAAACCAGAGUUCAAUGGAGGCCGUGGUGGCGGCGGUUUCAGAGGCGGAGGUCGCGGGGGCGGACGAGGUGGCUUUGGAGGCCGCGGUGGUAGCUUCGGUGGGGGACGCGGCGGCGGCGGCGGCGGCGGCGGCGGCUUCGGUGGGGGGCGCGGGGGCGGAGGCAAGUUUGAGAAGCGAGGUGGGGGUGGGAGAGGAUUUGGAGGAGGAGGUAGGGGCAGAGGGGCUAGAGGUGGUCGCGGUGGUGGUGGCUUCAAGGGCGGAAAGACUGUUGUCAUUGAACCACACAGACAUCCUGGAGUAUUCAUCGCUAGAGGGAAAGAAGAUGCCUUGGUGACAAAGAAUUUAGUACCUGGCUCCGAAGUUUAUGGUGAAAAGAGAAUAUCAGUUGAGAACGAAGGCGAAAAGAUAGAAUACAGAGUUUGGAAUCCGUUCAGAUCGAAAUUGGCCGCAGCCAUCAUGGGAGGCGUUGAUGCCAUACAUAUGCCGCCAGGGUCUAGAGUUUUGUAUUUAGGAGCUGCCAGUGGCACCACUGUUAGCCAUGUUUCUGAUAUUGUUGGACCGGAAGGUCUAGUAUAUGCGGUGGAGUUUUCACAUCGAUCAGGAAGAGAUUUAAUUAAUGUGGCAAAGAAGAGGACUAAUAUUAUACCUAUUAUUGAAGAUGCGAGACAUCCAUUGAAAUACAGAAUGCUGGUCGGUAUGGUUGAUACGAUAUUCGCGGACGUAGCGCAGCCCGAUCAAGCAAGAAUUGUCAGUUUGAACGCGCAACAUUUUUUGAAAAAUGGUGGACAUUUUGUAAUUUCUAUUAAGGCCUCCUGUAUAGACUCAACGGCGCAACCAGAAGCAGUAUUCGCAUCUGAAGUGAAGAAACUCCAAGCUGACAAAUUAAAACCACAAGAACAGUUAACGUUAGAACCCUACGAAAGAGACCACGCGGUUGUGGUUGGUGUUUUUAGACCUCCACCGAAAAAAGCAUAGUUGUUUAAUACUUAGAUGUAUGUAUGAGAUUUUUUAAGUAAUGUCCUUCAACGGAGUGUGAAUUAUUCUUAAAGUUAUUAAUACCAAGAUACACAUAGAAAAAAUUUCUUUGAUCCGACUGGAUUCGAACCAACCGUCUUCCAGCAAACUGUAAACAAAAAGAACUAGCGGAAUUAACGAAUUUUUCCGUGCUUCUUGCAGAUCUUUGUUUUUAGAUUUUAACUACUAUUUUUGCCGUGGCGCCAUCAGCGAGAAAUCUAUGAAAGCGUUGCUUCACUCAACCAGGUCUUUUACACCUUUUGGAAGAUGUUGGUUCGAAUCUAGCCGGAUUGAAGGAUUUUUUCUAAGCGUUCGACCUUUGUAUUAAUAAUUAUUAAGAACGAGUGGAGUAAUUUCACAAAAAUAAUUGAAUAUCGUGGUGGUCGUGAAAUUCAAUAAAACUUAAACAUUCAUAAAGUAGUCGUUGAAUUUUGUUAUAAGUUGAAAUUGAAGUUAAUGAUGACUUUGGCCAGGGAGAGCUCUGAAAUUGCGCACGUGCGUUCUGAUCGCGAUCUGAUAAGGCAAUGUGUAAGUUGUCACGAUUAACCGUAACUGCGUUUGCGUUAUUUCAGCUGCAAUUUCCCUGCUAUAUUUGUCCGUACUUUGUUUUAAAUGCAGUUUUAUUUAAAUGUGCAUAUAUACGGGUUUAGAUAGUAUUAAAUACAAUGAUUUGAAUGUUCCUUAAUAUGACAAUUGACUGAUUGAACGGGAUUCCCGAAUACCGGGAUAACCCACCGUCAUUUCACCACGUCCUCACCACAUGCAUAUCUCAUGUGGUAAGAGGGUGUGUUGACAUGAGAAUUUAAAUAUAACUCUAACCUAAACCUCUCUUCUUGGGUUUUCGCGAUUGUUACACAUAGGAAAUGAAACUAUUUUUCCGGAUUUAAAUCGCGUAGAUUUGUUUUUUCAAACAAACCUACAUUUCGGGCCCCUUCGAGGUCUCAUGAUCACGGUUGACGAGGUGGUACAAUCAUCAACCAGUUAUGUCUAAUAUUAAUACAAACGGGGUGGGGUUGCAUUAGCCAACCACCCUAUUUUUUCAUUGUGGUCAUAUUGUUAAAAUAAAAUAAUUUGUAAAACAUAAUGUAGCGUAAAUUGGA